GAGCCCAGCAACUUGCCUUGGUGAUCCACGGCAUUCAGGAGAAAGGCUACCUGGAAUUUAUAGCGCAAAAGACACAGAGGCAAUGCGGAAAUAGGUGGACACUUCAUGUCACCGAGUUUGCAUCCCACUCCCAGGCUGAGGAUCUGAGAGUUCGCGGGGACUGCAAUUAAGUGACAAGAAUUGUUUUUUAUUUUUUCCUUCCUUUUUUUUCCAUUAGCGCUUAAAACAACCAGCUUUAACUACACUUCACGGAGGAUUUGAAGCAUUCCUUUUUGCGUCUGACAGCGGGCUGAGAAGAAAACAAUUUAUACCUGAGGAUCAAAGCAUCAGUUUUGUUUUUCUUGUGAGCAUCAACAUGGACGUGUUGGCGAAUUACAGUAUUUUUCAGGAACUUCAGCUGGUGCACGACACGGGCUACUUCUCAGCGAUGCCGUCGCUGGAGGAGAACUGGCAGCAGACAUGUCUGGAAUUGGAGAGGUACCUGCAGACAGAGCCCAAAAGGCUUUCAGAACUCUUUGAUGAGGAGCUCGACUGCCUUCUUACGCCAGCAUUCAUGAAGGGAGACAGCGACGAGGACUUGAUGGACCCUUUGCUGCCCAGUUUAUCCGACGAGCCUAGCCCCCCACCUCUGCUUGUGUCCCUUCCCAAAACCCUCCACACCCCAGCCAACACUAAGAGUACUGAUGCAGGGCUCAAAGAAGCCAGUGGAGGGGUUAAUCCAGCCCAGUUAAAUGCAGUCACGUCCCUCACGCCACCUUCUUCCCCAGAGUUGGGUCGCCAUCUUGUUAAGCCCACACAGACUCUUACCGCCACAGCUGAUGGCACACUCACACUAAAACUGGUGGCCAAGAAAGUCGGCCUUGGAGCGGCAAAGCUGGUUGCAACGCAUUCGAUACCUUCACCACCAAAUCGUGGCACACAGAGUGAUGGCGAAGGAGGACUUGGUACAGUAGGUGGAGGGGACAUCCCAGAGAACAAAAAGAGGGUCCAUCGCUGCCAGUUUAAUGGCUGUCGGAAGGUUUACACAAAAAGCUCCCACCUGAAGGCACACCAGAGGACACAUACAGGUGAGAAGCCUUACAAAUGCUCCUGGGAAGGCUGUGAAUGGCGUUUCGCACGAAGCGACGAACUGACGAGGCACUACCGCAAACACACUGGUGCCAAACCUUUCAAGUGCAACCACUGCGACAGAUGUUUUUCCAGGUCUGAUCACUUGGCUUUGCACAUGAAGCGACAUAUCUAAGGCAGAGGAAGACGGGAGAAAGAGAGAGAGAGAGAGAGAGUGAGAGAAAACGAAGAGGAGAACAGGUGUGCACCAUCCAGACGGGAACAUUCACAACAGACUUUGGGUGCACAAGAGGGGUCUGGCUGCAAACGUCACCAGGAGGAACAUGCAAGGCAGCGUGGGCAAGCGUUGUUGGAUUCUACACACUCUCAAGACAGUCCAAAAGCCUUUUCAUCAGCGAUUAGCCAUGCCUUACCGAGCACUAGCUUGGAGGUCAGACACUGCCAAACACCAGGUUUUUCUUUUCUCCCCUCAUUCUUUUUUUUGUACAGUACAACACCACUAGCAUGGAACAGGAAACUGAGCGCUUCAUGUACAAAAUGAAAACGCACAUUUCAUUCAUCACAUAGCCUAAUGGUUCUACUGGAGAAUCAUGUUCAUUGUACAUUCUGGAGUUUCAAUUUCUUUUUCCAAGGACAGAUCACAAUAACCAACCUGCAGCUAUGUUGUAUACAGCAAACAACCAAACACGGAAAGCAACAUUGCCAAUACGUUCUGAGGAGUGACCAAUGGAAUAAGUGGCCAAAUGCAACGCCUGGCCCCGGAAGCAGGCUCUGCCUGGGGAAAAGUGAUAAAGAAAAAAUACGGCAACACUCAGGAUGUGUGCUGAUUUCUCGUACUCUUCGCUCAGGAGCGAACUCUUCUCUGCUCUUCACACCCGUCACCUCACGGGUGACUGAAAUGAUGCGCAGCGACACUUUCUUGCCUUUGUUUUUUGUUUAAAGACAGUGUUAAAAAAGAUGGUUUGUUUUCCUUCUGAGCUAAAAAUGUCUUAAACUUCUGAAAGGUGAAAAUUUGCUUUGCAAACAAGCGAAAAUGUGCACAUACGGGCAACGAGAGGGAACUUUGAGGCCUUCUCUGUAUGCACAAGGUUCAGUGGCUGCUAUCUGGCACUGAAACAAAACAUUCAAAGCGUAAGACGGGAACAGAAACCCCCCCCAAAAAAGAUUGGGAUUGCUGGCUUGGUAUAAAAGGACAGAAGUCUUCUGUUUUUCAUUUUGCUUUGCACCGACUUGAUCUGGGUAAAGUUAACCAAUUGUCACGGACCUUGUGUGAUGCUCUUGACACUGGAAAGAGUUCUUUUGCUUUGUGUUGAUAUUGGCACCUGUGUAAGAACGUAGUCGUCCAGUGCACUGUAGGAGGCCAACAGAGGAGACGUAAUGGGGGAGGGACAGUUGGCAGGACGUUGACUCUCAGAUUGGAGCACCUGCUGGGAUCAGGAUCCAAAAGACCUUGGUGGCAUCAGCCCAGACAAACUUUGCCUGUUUCGUAUCCAUUGUCUGCACUGAUUUUUUCAAUGUUCUCUGUGCUUUUUUUCAUACUGUCAAAAAAAAAAAA